ACUCUGAGGAAUAUGCUGCACUUCCCCUGAGAAAACAUUUUUCAAACAUGUUGCGGGUUGUAGUCGAGUCUGCGGGCGGGAUUCCCAAAAAGAGAUUGGGCAACCCCGAUCCAAUAGUUUCCGUGGUGUUCCGAGGUGAAAAGAAGAAAACCAAUGCUGUUGACAAUGAGCUAAAUCCCGUGUGGAAUGAAGAGCUGCAAUUUGAUUUAAAGGGCAUAUCCUUGGACCCAUCUUCCUUUAUUGACGUCAUCGUGAAAGACUACGAGACUAUCGGCCAUGACAAGUUCAUCGGCUCGGUGAAAAUCACUCUGAGGGACUUGGCCGAAGGUCACGUCCAAUCGCUUCCGUUUAAGAAUCUGCCCCUCAUCAACGACAAGCAGCAACCCAUUGGGGCAACUCUCAACUUACGUAUUUCCUACGAACCCCCCGGGGACGCCGGUGAAGUCGACGCAUCUCAUGUGGAGGAUGGAACCUACGAGGAGGCCGACGAGGGCGACACCGAUGUGGACGCGGGGCAUCGGCUUGGGACCCCGGCGGCGGCUGCGGCGGUUCAUCCCAGGAGAUCCAAUCAGAAGCAUCUUGGCAUCGGUCGCAAGAAGCACAGAGCCCUGACUAACAAGCCCCAGGAUUUCCAGAUUCGCGUUCGCAUCAUCGAGGGUCGCCAGCUGCCCGGCAACAACAUCAAACCCGUGGUGAAGCUCAACGUGUGCGGCCAGACGCGCAAUACGCGGAUCAAAAGUGGCAAUAACCCUUUCUUUGAUGAGAUAUUUUUCUAUAAUGUUAACAUGCUUCCUUCAGAGCUGUUUGAUGAGAGCAUUAGUCUCAGGAUUUACGACUCCUUCUCCCUCCGAGCCGACAGUCUCAUUGGCGAGUUCAAGCUGGAUGUCGGCUACAUCUAUGACGAAGCAGGUCACGCCAUACUGAGGAAAUGGCUCCUGCUGAGCGAUCCCGAAGACUCCAGUUCUGGCGCGAAAGGUUACCUGAAAGUUAGCGUUGUCGUGGUGGUGACUGGGGAGGAGCCACCGACGGAGCGGAGAGAGACCAGCGAGGACCGAGACGACAUCGAAACUAACCUUCUGGUGCCAGCAGGGGUCAGGAUGCGAUGGGCCACGCUUAGCCUCAAAGUAUUCCGGGCUGAGGACAUGCCGCAAAUGGACGACGCAUUCGUUCAGACGGUAAAGCAGGUUUUUGGCGUGGACGGAGACAGGAAGAACCUGGUGGAUCCGUAUUUGGAGGUCAGCUUCGCAGGAAAGAAGCUGUGCACAAGAGUCAUUGAGAAAAAUGCAAAUCCCGAAUGGAACCAGAUCGUCCACCUUCAAGUCAAGUUCCCGUCCAUGUGCGAACGCAUCAAGUUGACCAUGUUUGACUGGGACCGCCUCAGCAAGGACGACGCCAUCGGAACAGCUUUCCUCAAUCUGAGCGAGAUCUCCUCCGCUGGCCGACACCUUGAAGAGAGUCCCGCAACAAGCGAGUCUGGCUUCCUGCCAACUUUUGGACCUUGUUAUAUCAACUUGUACGGCAGCCCUAGGGAGUUUUCCGGUCUCCCUGACCCGUACCAGGAACUUAACCUUGGCAAGGGUGAAGGUGUCGCCUACAGGGGGAGGGUCCUUGUCCAGCUAUCCACUGUUUUGGAUGAAAAGCUGGAUACAAAUAUUGAGGAUAUCUCCAGUGACGACAUUCUGGUGGCACAGGUACACCAGCGAAGGAGGAAGUACUCCCUCUGCGCUGUGUUCCACAGCGCCUGCAUGCUCCAAGAACCGGGGGAGCCCAUCCAGUUUGAGGUCAGCAUGGGUAAUUAUGGCAACAAGCUGGACUCCACCUGCAAGCCUCUAGCGUCUACCACCCAGUAUAGCUUUGCGGUUUUCGACGGUAACCACUACUACUACCUACCCUGGGCGGACACCAAGCCCGUGGUAACACUUACGUCCUCUUGGGAAGACAUCAGCCACCGUUUGGACGCUGUCAAUAUUCUUCUCUCCAUUGCUGAAACACUUGAGCAGAACCUGUCCUUUUUGAAAAUGGCCAUCCAGGCCAAAACGUCUGAGGAACGGCUGGUUGAAAUUUGGCUCAAACUCAUCAGUGACUUCCUUGAAGACUUAAACUGUUUAUGCCUUCCAGAGGUGGAGCGCAGACCCAACGUGACCACGCUGGAUCUCCAAAUGAAAAUAAUGCGUGACGCCGCCGUGGAGAGCCUUAUAGAGAUGGUUAACCACGUGAGAAAGGAGGCCACUGACGUCAAGGCGACCGUCGGUGAAGUUGAAGACUGGCUGGAGCAAAUCAAACAGCUAGCAGUUGAGCCUCAAAACAGCAUGCCCGAUGUGAUCGUCUGGAUGUUGAGAGGAGAGAAGCGCGUGGCUUACGCCCGCGUCCCGGCUAACGACGUUCUGUACUCCGACUUCAGCGACGAGGCUUGCGGAAAACAUUGCGGACGCACGCAAACUAUCUUCAUGCAGUACCCGAUGGAUAAAAACAAAGGGGUCAAGGUUCCCGUUCAGCUGCGAGUCAACAUGUGGCUCGGUCUCUCGGCGCGAGAGAAGGAUUUCAACAGCUUCUCGGAGGGAAACUUUAGCGUAUACGCCGAAAUGUAUGAAAACCAGGCCCAGUUAUUCGGGAAGUGGGGAACUAAUGGUCUGGUGGGUCGCCACAAAUUUUCAAACGUGACCGGAAAAGUCAAACUCAAACAAGAGCGCUUCCUUCCACCGCGUGGAUGGGAGUGGGAUGGUGAUUGGUUUGUCGAUCCUGAGCGCUGCCUGUUGACAGAAGCCGACGCGGGCCACACAGAGUUCACGGACGAGGUUUUUCACAACGAAUCACGUUUCCCCGGUGGAGAGUGGAAACACGCUGCGGAGCCCUACACCGACGUGAAUGGAGAGAAGGCUCAGAGUCCCUCAGAGUUCGAGUGUCCCAUUGGAUGGACGUGGGAGGACGACUGGAGUUUCGACAGCAACCGAGCUGUAGAUGAGAAAGGCUGGGAGUACGGCUUGACGAUUCCGCCUGACGACAAGCCCAAGUCCUGGGUUGCCGUGGAGAAGAUGUACCACGUCCAUCGCAGGAAGAGGCUGGUCAGACCCAGGAGGAAGAUCUCGGAUAAAGCCGUCCCUGAAAAACGAGAGACGGGCGAAGGCUGGGAAUACUCCUCCCUCAUCGGCUGGAAGUUUCACCGCAAGGAACGCUCGUCCGACACCUUUCGCCGGCGGCGCUGGCGAAGGAAGAUGGCGCCGUCGGACCACAUCGGGGCUUGCGCCAUCUUCAGGCUGGAAGGCGCACUGGGAGUCGACGUAGAUGAGAAGCCCAGUAAAAUGGACGUCACCAAACUAUUUGGAGCCAACACGCCCACUGUUUCCUGUCACUUUAGCCGGUCCUGUAUUUACCAGCUGAGAGUGUAUGUGUACCAGGCCAGAAAUCUCCUUGCCAUGGACAAGGACAGCUUCUCAGAUCCGUACGCCCACGUGUCUUUCCUCCACCUGAGCAAGACCACGGAAAUCAUCGCCACGACUUUAAACCCCACCUGGGAUCAGAGUCUCAUCUUUGACGACGUGGAAAUCUACGGGGACCCGCAAACCAUCGCUAGGAACCCGCCAGACGUUGUCCUGGAACUUUACGACAGCGACAAAGUGGGGAAAGAUGAAGCCAUGGGUCGCUGUACGUGCCUUCCAGUAGUCAAACUGGACCUGAGUCUGGAUUCUGGGAAUAAACUGCUGUGGUACCCUGUUAGCAAGAAGGGCCGCAGUGCUGGAGAAGUCCUGAUGGCGGCUGAGCUUCUCCUGAAGGACAAGGCCAACGAGGGAAAUCUUCCCCUGCCUCCUCCUCGACGAGGGGAGAAGCUCUACAUGGUUCCUCAAGGGAUCAGGCCGGUUGUGCAGCUCACGGCUAUCGAGAUUUUGACUUGGGGCUUGAGGAACAUGAAGAGCUACCAGCUAGCCACCGUUACGUCUCCCAACUUGAUGGUGGAAUGUGGCGGCGAAAUCGUUCAAACGGCUAUUAUCAAGAAUUUUAAGAAGAACCCAAACUUCCCUGGAUCUGUGCUGCUACUUAAAGUGCUACUCCCCAAAGAAGAGAUGUACACUCCCCCCAUUGUGCUAAAAGUCAUUGACCACAGACCCUUCGGGAGGAAGCCGGUGGUUGGCCAGUGUACCAUCGACAGCUUGGAGGACUUCCGCUGUGACCCCUAUCGGGUCAACAGUGAAGUCUGCAUGUCCGCCAGAGUGGCAAUGAUUGCAGCCGCUCGGGGUGACGUCGUCAUAGACAUUGAGGAGAGUUCGGCCGUCAAAUCUGAGGUUCAAACUGACCAGGAAGAGGAAGCCGUCGACUGGUGGAGUAAGUUCUACGCCUCGAUUGGAGAACAAGAGAAGUGCGGGCCUUACCUGAAGAAGGGAUACGACACUUUGCAGGUGUACGACCGUGAACUGGAGCAAGUGGAGCAAUUUCAGAAUCUGUCUGAUUUUUGUGGCACAUUCAAACUCCAGCGAGGAAAGACUGACGGAGAGGAUGACGAUCCCUCUGUUGUGGGAGAAUUCAAGGGCGCUUUCAAGAUCUACCCGCUACCCGACGACCCGAGCGUGCAGGCCCCGCCCCGACAAUUCCGAGAGCUCCCUGAAAGCGGACCUCAGGAGUGUCUGGUUCGAAUCUACGUAGUGCGCUGUAUCGACCUGCAGCCCAAGGACACCAACGGCAUGUGUGAUCCAUAUGUCAAGAUUUCGCUAGGGAGGAAGACUGUGGACGACAGGGAUAAUUACCAAGCAAACACUCUCAAUCCAGAAAUUGGAAGGAUGUUUGAGCUUUCAUGCUACUUGCCGCAAGACAAAGAUCUGAAGAUCGCAGUGUACGACUAUGACUUACUAAGCCGAGACGAAAAAGUCGGCGAGACCGUCAUUGAUUUGGAGAACCGACUGCUAUCCCGUUUCAGGCCCGGCUGUGGCCUGCCGCAGACUUACUGCACUUCUGGGAUUAAUCAAUGGAGAGACCAGCUGAAACCUUCCCAGAUCCUCCAAAAUGUGGCCAAGAUUCGUGGCGUUCCUCCUCCACGUUUUGAGGGCGAUGGAAGCUCUCUGUCGUUUUCUGGAAAACAAUACAACUUGCAGGAUUUUGAAAUGGCCGUGCCCACGCACCCUCACCUCGGCCCAGCGCGAGAGAGACUGCCACUGCAUGUCCUCAGGGAACAGGGAUUGGUACCUGAGCAUGUGGAGACCAGAACCUUGUGUAGCUCCCAUCAGCCCAACUUGUCCCAGGGACGGAUUCAAAUGUGGGUGGACGUCUUCCCCAAGAGCCUUGGGCUGCCGGGUCCUCCGUGUGACAUCGCUCCACGGAAGGCCAAGAAAUACUUCCUGCGUGCCAUUGUUUGGAACACGACCGAUGUCACUCUGGAUGAAAGGAGCAUCACGGGAGAAAGCAUGAGUGAUAUCUACGUGAAGGGAUGGAUGCCAGGCAUGGAGGAGGACAAGCAGAAGACGGACGUUCAUUACAGAUCCCUGGACGGCGAUGGGAAUUUCAACUGGAGGUUCGUGUUUGCCUUCGACUACCUCCCGGCGGAGCAGCUGUGCGUCGUCUCCAGGAGAGAACACUUUUGGAAUCUGGACAAGACUGAGUUUAGAAUUCCUCCUAAAUUGAUUAUCCAGAUUUGGGACAAUGACAAAUUCUCCUUGGACGAUUACUUGGGCUCAAUCGAGUUGGACCUUCUGAAUCUAAUCGCCCCUGCGAAGACCCCCGAGAAGUGUAGCUUGAACAUGUUGCCUGGCUCCAACUCCUUCAAGAAGUCCCUCUUCAACUCGCUCUUCUCCCAAAAGUCAGUUCGAGGCUGGUGGCCGUGUACCAUCCAGCAAGAUGGGAAGAACGUCCUCGGCGGUAAAGUAGAGAUGACUUUGGAAAUAGUGGAGGAGAAGGAAAUGGAGGAGAGACCUGCAGGGAAAGGCAGAGAAGAGCCAAACAUGAACCCCAAACUGGAGCCACCAAACCGCCCCGACACUUCGUUUUUCUGGUUCACCAGCCCGUGCAAGACCAUGAAGUUUAUCGUGUGGCGGAAGUUCAGGACGAUUUUCAUCAUCGGGAUCAUUCUGCUGCUCGUGUUGCUGUUCCUCGGGAUUCUUUUCUACUCGUUACCGAAUUACAUUUCCAUGAAGAUUGUGCGACCCUUCAGCAAGUGAUUUGGUCAAGUCAGCACCUUCAAGCAACUUGCAAUGACUUCAUUACAGCACCAUUUUAUUGUUUGUAUCGUUUGCACUAUUAUUGUCCCCCAUUUGAUAGUCUUUGUUGUUCUUAUCAUUUUUUUAAAUUGUAAUUAAAGUUGAUCUUCUAAAUUGUGUCCUGACGUGAUCUGUUAUGGAAUGGAAUUAUUUUUUUACAUUUCAUUUCUGUGUUUUUAGGAGUAAAAUGGCCUUUCAAACAACUACAGAAAUGGCGAUCAUAGCUUUGCUUUGGCAGGUAAACCUCUUGAGGUCACUUCCUGUUGAUUUGGGGGGUGUUUCACAGUUACUUCCUGUUGAUUUGGGAG